AUGGUAUCAGCCCUACUCCUGUACCUACGGGCCUCCCUGUGCGACCCUGGCUUCUUGCGCCCGGACUACCGUCCGUUGCCUAGCGACUUUGAGGGCUCGGAUGGUGUUGAUCUUGAGAUGGGAGCGAUGGUGAAUGAAGAAUCAGUGUAUGCCGGGAUGGGCAAGCCAGCAUCCGGUCCAUCGAAGGAAUCUUCGUCAUCGGAGGCACGUCAGCGAACGCCCGAUACGGACUCGGGGCAUUCGGAUGGCGAGCUUAGUGAGCCGGUGCCCAGGCAGUUUGGAAUACCACUACGCUACUGCAAAAAAUGCGACGCGUGGCAGCCUUUGAGAUGCAAGCACUGUGCUGAUUGCAAUCGGUGUGUGAGGACCCAUGACCAUCACUGCAUAUGGUUGGGUACUUGUGUAGGGGAGAAGAACCGAGUAUGGUUUUACUGGUACCUAUGGGCUCAAUGGGCUGAGCUGUUGUGGUACUUCGUGGCUGGUGUGAGGAGAGCUCUACAGUUCCCUACAGAGCUACAAGACACUAGCUUUGCUCAGAUGUUUGGAGUGCUUGUGCUGGCCGAUCUGAUGGCGUUUCUAUUCCUGGUCAUGCUCACUUGUCUAGUCUGCUAUCACACAUAUCUAGCCUGCAGAGGAGUCACCACAUGGGAGGAUAUAUCUUGGUUGCUGCUGGAAUCCGUGCCUGAGAAGGGUGGAGAGAAAGGCGUCUGA